AUGAGUACAAACAGAAUGGAUUUUGAGACCGGAGAAAAAAGCAUCGCAGACGAUAGUUUUAAAUUUAAUAAAUUUGAUUCCACAGAUUUCUCCACUAAACUCGUAACUGUACACACUUCACUUGACGACUUGGAGUUUAAAUCAAUUUCGCCCCCGAAUGAGACCACAGUCAAAGAACAGCAAUUAGAAGGAGCUAAGCUGCUUAGUAACGCAGAAUAUAAUGAGCUGAGUCACUCAGUGACAUCCUUCAACAAAUGGUUUUCGCAGACAUCGCUCCUGGCGAGUCUGGUUGACGAGGACUUCGACCUAAAUAAAAGUGAUUCUAACUUUACGGGUGAUAGGUCACAAAGGACGGCAUUGGGGAAAGAAGACGCAUCAGAUUAUGAAUUCGAUUUCCUUUUUAAAAAAACAGAUGAUAACACCGUUGUUAACAGCCCAGUAUUGACAUUUUUAUUAACUAACUUCAAUAAGGCGUCAGCAGAUAAGCCUCUGAAUUUGAGGGAAGACCUGAAUAAGGACUUUGAAGACUUCAAAAGAAAUUUUGUGAGUCUGACAGAAAGGAAUACAAAUGAACUUAAGCUGAAGAAGGUGCUGCUGAGCGUAGCAUUUAACCACUACGGAUGCUCAACAGUCAACAAGUACAUGACGCAGCGCGAGUACUUGAACAUGCUGAACGUGCACAAAAUAUUCGGGAGUGAAGAGGCCUCGAACCUGGUGUUUGAGAGCAUGGACAGAAAACACAAGUCGAUGGUGACGAGAAACGAGUUCGUGUCAGGAAUGCUGUCUUGCUCGCCAGACGCAAAACAUAACCCUAACACAGUGUUUGGGAAGCUGAGAUUACAGCACAUCUUUAGAGCAUACGACUUCAAUAGGCUCGGGUACCUGGAGCGGGAGUCGCUGGACCUGAUGCAAAGUCACCUGGAGCAGCAGGGAGGAAAUAAGCUGAACUAUGACCUAAAAAUAAACGAAAAGGUUAUGAACAUGUUUAACGGGAAAUUGAGUUACGAUUCGUUCUUUUACUGUGUUGAGAACAACUUGUUGAAAAAUACGACGGUGCUUUUUAGAUCGAACAAUGACCUGGCGGAAGUGCUGAAGAGGUGUAUAUUGAACUCGUUAGAAAAUGUGGUUACCACCCAAAGGCACAGCUACGGCGGUACGACGAACAGGGAAGCCAGGAACGAUGAUCACGCAGAGUCGUUCGGAAACAACACAGAGCUGUUUCACCACGGGAACACGGGGAGAAGCGGCAUCCAGGAGAAUGUGAGCAAGCCAGAGUCCAAUAGGUCCAACAACAUGGCGAGCACGAGCAAGGCGUCACUUUGGAGUCACACUCCCAGAGUGUACUCGGAGUUCACGCACAACAAGUCGCCGAAUAAGGAGCAGCUAUUUGGAUUUAACUACGAGAACAAGUGGUCAAAGUCAACAGAUGCGUCGCCGAAGCGAGGCUACGGCAGUCCAAUAGACCGCUUGUCAAAAAUGUACAACGACCAGUCAUACGAAGAUGAGUUGGCAAACUAUUAUGGAGAUUCUAAUCAUGCUAACGAAGCAAAUUACAGUAAGGAAGAGAAGGCGAGUCAAAAUGACAAAUUGACAGAGCAGUCACCUAAGAGUGUAUUUUCGAGUGGACAGCUGCCCAAAGAUGCGUUGACGAAUGCACGGGACAAUGGCCAGGGUUAUCAGGCUCCCGAGGAAGUGACGCCGAGUAGAUUUGAUAAGAUUGACGAGUUUUUGAGAGAAUAUGAGCAGAGUUACAAGUCCCCAGAGAGAACGCCAAAGCAGCACCUGCCAACACUGAUCAGCAAAGUAGAGUCCUUUAAGGACGCAGUGGAAGACGAUUCCCGGGCACUUGACCCAUAUAGAGAACCCAGCGAGGGAUUCAAGUCGUUUGACACAAUGGAGGACCUGAUGACAGAAAAGGCAAAGCUGGACAACCUCCUGAUGGACAGCAUGGCAAUAACAGAUUACUAUGAUAAAAAGGCAGGUGAGGGGAAGUUUAGUCACCGAGAGAAUUUGGCCACCCUGGGAGGCUUUGCGAAAAAUGAAAAAGGCUUAUUGGAGGCAUCGGCCACACCCAAUUGUGGUCUUGAAAGAGGAGGAUACGAACAAGAUGGCGCACGCGAAGCAACUGGAAGAAACCAAGGACAUGGGCUGGUUGGUCAAAGUGGCAGGUCGCAGGUUAAGCAGGGCCCGGCCACGUUUGAAAUGAAGUGCCCAGAUGAAGAGGCACUGGAGUCGCUCACGGAGCACCUGGCGAAAAAGUACACGCACAAGUUCCUGGUGAUAAAGGGGCACCUGAUAGACUGCACAGUGGCCAAGGGGCUCUUCAAAAACUUCUUGCACCACUCGCUGGGGGACUCGGUGGACCACACGUCGCUGAAGCUGUGCGCAUACAGUGACAUGCUGCAGCUGUGCGACGCAGCGUGCUCAAUUCUGAAGAAGGAGGACUCGCUGCUGCAGCUGAAGGGCAACGUCCAAGUGUUCGGGUCUCUGAACGGAGACCUCUCGUGCCUGCUGGACCAGUUUAACGCCCUCGACGGCGCAGACUUUAAGAACUGGGACGACUUCGACUCGUUCUACGUGUUCAUGGGAGGGUUCGCGUCCGAGUCGAGUCCGUACGCGCUGGAGUUCGCGCUGCUCCUCUUCGCAAUGAAGGUGCUCUUCCCCUACCACGUGCACUUCCUGAGGUCGAGCAAGGACGAGAGGAACGCGACGAACAACGCGGGCUUCUACCACCAAAUCUACAUGAAACUCAGCGAAAACCACGCGGCGCUGAGGCUGGAAAACGACGAGACGCUGCUGCUGCAGUGCGCGAAGGAGCUCUUCCACCGGGUCAACGACGUCUUCGAGUUCAUGUCGGUGGGAGCGGUGCUGAACAAGGAGAUUCUGUGCGUGGACAAGCUGACGAAGGACUUCAGCUACAAGAGGCUGGGGAAGAUACCGAAGCCGCUGAACCUGGCCACGUGCACGAGCGAGCAGGUAUACGACCUGCUCUUUAACGAGGACUACUUCUCCUUCCCGCCAUGUCUCAACAAACAUGAGGAUCACCAGACGCAAGCACCACCUUUUAAAGCCACGGAGGAAGUUCUGUGGGAGUUGGGCGACGCCAGUCGCUUUAGGAUGGUGAUAUGCUCCUCCGAUAAGUUGGACGCCGGAUUCAAGUACCUUUUGGACAACCGGGUCCUCCUGCUCUCCACGAACUUCCUCAGGAAGAGCGAAGGGAGGGUGGCGAGUUCGCUGCUUGCGACUAAGAAUAAAGUGACGCUCAGGUCGCUGAGUCUGGACUGA